GCAACUGGCACAGUCGUCGACCGGCUUUCGCAGUGUUCGCACUUGUCGUGCGCUUUCCGCAACGUAACAGUUAACAGUUAGCUCUCGAAAAUAGCGUAAAUAACGGAACUAUUGUUAUCGGUUAUCGAAACAGUUUUGAUUGCAACCAAUUUAAGCUGAAAAUGUCUCCGAAUUCGUUUAUCGCCAUCUGCCACGCCCCUCAACCGAAAUGGGCGCUGCUUGGCGGAGUUGUUUGGCUGUCGCUGCUGUUGCCUCUGGCGGCUGGCGGCUCGUGCCGCGAGGCUCAACUCUGUUGCAACGGACGCGACUCGUCGUGCGUGGUUCAGAAGGCGCCGGUGAAUGCGAUUAUCGAGGAUCUGAGCGAUAAGCCGUGCUAUUGCGAUCACGCCUGUCUCAAGCUGGGCGAUUGCUGUGACGACUUCAAGGACCACUGUGGAGUGCUCGACUGCCAGGUGGGCGACUGGGGGGCGUGGAGCGAGUGCGACAAGAGCUGCGGCGCUGGCAUGAUGACGCGCACCCGCCAAGUCCUCCAAGCAGCCCAAAACGGAGGCAAGCACUGCCCCUCCCUGCUCCAGAAGCGAGCCUGCCAAGGCUAUCGCUGUCACGGACAUCGGGAUAAGAAGAUACUGAGAGAAAUGGCUCUUCUCCUGCCCGCCGCACUCACGCGCAAUCAUCGCACCAACGAGAGCAGCGACAGCCGCCACAAUCUGCACUCGCGCUAUCGCGACUCCUACAAACACAAUCGGGAUCAUGAAUACUGCGUGGAGUUCGAGGUCAUCAAGGCAUCUAAAGCCUGCCACAAGCUGCCGCCCUAUAACCUGAUGCUGGAGGGUGAUCGCAUAACUGUGCGCUGUGACCUCGAGGCGCUGGUGCAGGACAAAGAUGCUGAGGCUGGUGUUGGGAAGGCGGGCAACAGAGGCGCAACAACAACAACAACUACAACGCAUAAGACUCUAAUGGCACAGCCAUAUCUAACAGAGGAGGGCGAGGAGAACAGCAGCAGCAGCAACAGCAAUGACAAUGACGAUGAUAACGAGGACGAGCAGGAGCAGGAGCAGGAGGAGGAGGAGGAGGACACCGAGGAGGAUGAUGCACAAAAUAUGCUCGACUCCGAAGCGGAUGGCGAUGCGGAAGCGGAAACGGAAGCGGAGGCGGCCAGCCGCGAGAGCUAUGGCUACAAGCACCAGAGGCCAUCAUCGCACCAUCCACGCGCUGCAACGUCCAAGCGCAGCGCCAAUGCUGCGGCGCCCAUGUUGCCGCCGGCGCUGCAGCCACAACAGCAACAGUUGCUGCUCAACUAUCACUGCCGCGGCGAGGGGCUGUCGGGUCGCACGACGCGUUGGAGCGCGUUGCCGGCGCCGUCAUGUCGCGGCAAGUGGCUGCGCCUGACCAUCGGCCCACCCAAGAAAUGCAACCAUGCGCAAUUCAUAUUCGUCUAAGCAGCUGCUGCAGCAGGAGCAGUAUUCGCAGCCAUCCAAUGCAAUAAUUGGAUAAAUAUUAACUUUUUUUUUUUUGAUCUGAUCGAGGACGUCAAUAUAUAUGUGUAGGGUAUACGCGUAGUCUAUGUAGCGAGUUCAUCAAACCCGAAAACCCAUCCCAGAGCCCAAACCUAUCUAUCCAGUUCCCAUUGGGUAACAGCCAUACAUAAAUAACGGCUCACGGCAAAUUCAGCCAAUAAUUCUUCACUCCUCUGCUUGCUGUUGCUCUCUCCUUCUCUCCGAUCACACCAUCAGUUGGCCAGCGCCUAUUGGAGUAGACUUCCUCAUGAAGUCAGUCCAAAGCCAUAUUUAAUCCAAGUCAACCAUAUUUCAUAUAAAACUAUUUACUAAAUGUAAUUCUUGCACAAUUGCAAAACUACUUAAUGAGCCGUUUCAACACAAUAACGAUAAAUAAAAGGGUAUCUGUGCUUCGGCAAGCAAUCUACCUGCUGUCGCUGGAGCACAGAGCAAGCAACAACACAUUUGCACUAUCUGUCUCUUUUCCUUAAAUGGCGUUUGCCAUGACUCGACGACGAUCAAAGCGAAGGCAUAGAAAAGAGCCGUUAUCUUUGCGCACUGUUGCGCAUUUGUUGUUCUUGUUUGCUAUGACCAAUGGCGUUAAGCGUUCGACUGCAAAGGCAACUGAAGUAACGGCAGUUUAGAAUUUAGCUGCAUUGCCCGCAUACCCAUACCCAAUGGGACGAUUCCUUACAGUGGCUGUACGCACGACAGAGAAUGAAUGAGUAACAAACCAAAUGCACUGUUUGUCUCGUUUCUUUGUAUUCAUAUCAUAUCCAAGCAUCAUAUCGCACGGCAGCUGUCCACAGCACUCAGCACCCUGCCCCACCCCGUCCCUCACUCACACGCACACAAUGAGAGAAGAACUCGCAUAUAAGUGUUUAAACUUUAAGACAGUUAAUUAAGAAUUUACAUACAGUGAAUGUGUAUUUUUUUGAGUCUCCCCAUGCCCCGCUCUCCCCAUAUCUUUCUCUCUUUCAAUAGAUCAUGCAUAAUCGAUAGCUGAACAAUUAAUAUAUAGAAAGCGAAAAAAACGAGAUUUUCGGAAUGCCGAAUUUAAAUACCCUUGCAGUAAACUACUCUAACGAGUUAAUAGCGCAGUUUUAGUUCCACUACAAUUGUCUGAUCGGAAUCACAGUUAUGUCCCUAACUUAAAAGGAAACGCCUGCAAGGCUAUAAAGCGUGAGAGUACAGUAGAAACCCGCUGUAGAUGAAACGUUCAUCCCGGCGAGCUCCUACUGUAGCCCAAGUUGUAAAUAGAUCAUUUACUCAGACUCUGGUGUCUGGAAAAGCUCAGCGGCAAAUGAAUAACAACUGAUCGAUAAGUCUUAGCCCAGAACGAGAGAUAUAACUAACUAAUAAUACGAUAUAUACCAUUAAAUAUAAUUAUAUUAGCAACCAAGUCCCAUGAUCUACCGAUACAUAUGUAGCUGUAUCUAUGAAGGGCAAACUGCGCAAUUCGAAUCCAAACUUCGAUUGAUCAAAGGAGGAAAAAAAAUUCAACCAGGAUUUGAGUCACGCUGUCCACUAUGCUCUGCUGAAUGCAUUAUGAAUCAAAUUUGAAGAAAAAAAAAACAAAAACAAAAUCUUGACAGCGCAAUUAGAGCUUGUCCAAACUCAACGUUUUCUCGAAAUCCCCAAACUCCACUUCCAGCUAGACGUAAGCGCUAUAAAAACAUCCCAAUAAUACGAAUUACAUGCAGUUAUAAAAGUGAAAUAGUGUAGUGUAUGUGACCAGUCGGACUAGACAUACAUACAUAUAUACAAAA